AUGGCAUCGCCAGAAUACCCCAAAACCGCCGUCAACAAACUCGGUCGAUUGGCGAAUCGAGUAAACGCCUGUCCAAUCCUCCACGUCUCCUUCGUGGAUCCAGAGCAUCCUUUCCCGGUCGUCUUGCCAAUGCUGGGAUGUACGGGUAACUACGAGGAUCAAUCCGCAGACCCCUCCACCACCCCCCAAUCCCUCUACAUCCACGGCUACGUCUCCGGCCGCAUGUUCAAGUCCUCGAAAGAAACCUCCACUCCCGGUCUCCCCAUCACCAUAGCCGCCAGUUUCCUCGACGGCCUCGUCCUCUCCCUAACCCCCUUCCACAACUCGUGCAACUACCGCUCCGCCAUCGUCUACGGCUACGCUGAACUCGUAGAAGACGCCGACGAAGCACUGUACGCCAUGAAAGCUAUUACUGAUAAUAUGUUGCCGCAGCGCUGGGAGAAGAGUAGGGUGCCCCCGAGUAGUGCGGAGUUGAAGAGUACGAGUAUACUUAGGGUUAGGAUUGAGAGUGCAAGCGCAAAGAUACGGACCGGCGGGCCCAGCGAGGAUAGGAACGAUCUCAAGGAUAAGGAGCUGGUGAAGAAGACGUGGACGGGUGUUGUGCCGUAUUGGGGGACGUGGGGGGAGCCUGUUCCCGGGGAGGAGAAUGGGUGUGAGGAAGUCGAGGGGUAUAUUGAGAGUUGGAAGAUGAGGGAGACGGGGAAGGCAAGGGAGCAUGCUUUUGAGGCUAUUGAAAAGGGUAAAUAA